CUUACUGCCCCCCACUGAACGUGACAAGAGUCCCCCAGCCGGGUCGAAUUAGUCGUUUGCCGGCAAGAAGGAGUGACCAGCAGCAUCAUGGGCUCAGUGGAGGAGUACCAGCCUCUGCUGCUUGGGCUCGACUCGCACAGCCGGAUCCCCGACCUGUCGUCGGUGGCAAUCGAGGAUUUCCUGGAGCAGCGGCCUGUGGCGGCGAGGUGGUGGCCCCGGCUUGUGGCCUGGGAGUCGAGGCUGCUCUGGCUCCUCUCCGGGUCGUCCAUCAUCGUCUCGAUAUUCAACUACAUGCUAAGCUUCGUGACCCUCAUGUUUACGGGGCACUUGGGCGCCUUGGAGCUUGCAGGGGCCUCCAUCGCCAGUGUGGGAAUUCAAGGUCUUGCUUAUGGAAUCAUGUUGGGGAUGGCUAGUGCAGUGCAAACUGUGUGCGGGCAGGCGUACGGGGCGCGAAAGUUAUCGGCGAUGGGCAUAAUAUGCCAGCGGGCCAUAGUCUUACACGUCGGGGCAGCCUUCUUGCUGACCUUCCUUUACUGGUUCUCUGGCCCUGCCCUCAAGGCGAUAGGCCAGUCUGAGAGCAUAGCCGAGCAGGGUGAGAUCUUUGCCCGGGGACUCAUACCCCAGCUCUACGCAUUCGCCAUCUCAUGCCCGGCGCAGCGCUUCCUCCAGGCACAGAACAUUGUCAACCCACUGGCCUACAUGUCCGUGGGCGUGUUCCUCGUCCACAUCCUCCUCACGUAUGUCGUGGUCUACGUGCUGAACUACGGCCUCAUCGGGGCCGCUCUCAUGCUGAGCUUUUCAUGGUGGCUCCUCGUAGUGCUGAACGGGCUCUACAUCGUACUCAGCCCGUCGUGCAAGGAGACGUGGACUGGGCUCUCGAUGCAGGCCUUCAGGGGGAUCUGGCCUUAUUUCAAGCUCACUGUUGCCUCUGCUAUCAUGCUCUGUUUGGAGAUAUGGUACAACCAAGGACUCGUGCUCAUUUCGGGACUCCUCUCGAAUCCGACGAUUUCACUAGACUCCAUCUCCAUUUGCAUGAACUACCUGAACUGGGACAUGCAAUUCAUGCUCGGGCUAAGCGCAGCUGCCAGUGUUCGAGUGAGCAACGAGCUGGGCGCAGGGCACCCGAAAGUUGCCAAGUUCUCGGUCCUGGUAGUCAAUGGGACAAGCAUCAUCAUCAGUGUGGUCUUCAGCUCGAUCAUCCUUAUAUUCCGGCUCGGGCUGAGCAAGCUCUUCACGACCGACUCUGAAGUCAUUGAAGCAGUUGUGGAUUUAACUCCUCUGCUCGCGAUCUCUAUUUUCCUGAACGGCAUUCAGCCAAUUCUCUCAGGUGUGGCAAUCGGGAGCGGGUGGCAGGCGGUGGUGGCCUACAUUAACCUCACUACCUACUAUGUCAUCGGCCUCCCCAUAGGAUGCGUCCUCGGCUUCAAAACCAGCCUCGGUGCGGCGGGGAUCUGGUGGGGUAUGAUCGUCGGAGUAUUGCUACAAACAGCAACUCUCGUUAUAUUAACUGCCAGAACAAAUUGGGACGCCGAGGUCGAAAAAGCAGCGGCUCGAUUGAAGAGAUCGGCAAACGAAGAAGCCACUUUACGCAUAGUCAAUAACAUCUGAAGCAAGAAAAGAUGGAGAAUUUGAAUUUCGAAUGUUUCAGUUUUGGAAUUUCUUUUUGUGAGCGUGUAUAAGAAUGAAGAAUUGAUCCAUAGGCUUUUUUUUUUUUUCCCCUUCUUCUUCUUUUUGGGUGAACAAAAAAAAAAUAGAGGGUUUGGAGCAGUGAAUGGUCGUACCACCGAACCCCGGCGCUUUGACCGGCAUAACUAUCCUCGCCGGAAGUAGCUGAGGUGCCAGGCUUGCUUGAACUCAUAGGCUUCUAUUACUGUGUGUAUAAAGUGAGAUCUCUUUUUUUUUUUUUUUUUCCUUUAUUCCUCCCCUUAUAACGAUUUUAUCAAAAAUCGAAAUUGUAAAUCGGUUUUAUA